GAUUGGCCUACAUCCUCUGACGUCAGCAGUUCCUUCCCUGGAUUCAAAGAUGACGGCUGAUAUGGAGCUGAGAUGUUGGGGAUCAGACUGGGGUUUACCUUCGAUACACAGCGAAUCCCUCAUAGUUUUGGCGUACGCCAAGUUCUCUGGGGCAAAGGUCACAGUUUCUCCAAUUGAUUGGACAUGGAAAACUUUAACAGUCACUGUUCCUCUGCAGCAACGGUCCCAGAGCUGGUCUGUGGAGAUUCUGCAGUUAAAGAACCCACACCGAUUCUAAACUUCCUGAGAAAGCAGAGGUUUAAUGCGGAUUAUGAGCUGACAGCCAGACAAGGAGCAGACACCAUGGCAUACAUCGCACUGCUUGAAGAGAAACUACAGCCAGCUCUGUUGCACACUUUCUGGGUGGAUGCAGAAAACUAUGUCAAUCUGACACGGCCGUGGUUUGCUUCCCAUUCGCCCUUUCCGCUCAACUUCCUGGUCCCCAUUCGCUAUGCCAACAACGCACUCUCUCGGAUCCUGCUGACUAAGGGAGAGUCACCACUACACAAAAUCAGCGAGGUAGAAGGAAAGAUCUACAGUGAAGCAAAGGAGUGCCUGAAUCUCCUCUCCUAUAGACUGGGAACAGCAAACUGCUUCUUCGGCAACUCGCCAACCAGUCUGGAUGCCUUUGUGUUUGGUUUUGUGGCUCCGCUACUGAAAGCCAGUUUACCCAACAACACUCUGCAGAGCCACCUCAGACAGCUGGAUAACCUUACGCACUUCUGUGACAACAUCCUCACAGUUUACUUUAACUCCAACCAUCCCUGUCUUCCACAGCCUCUACCAGAAACAGUUGAUGCCAACCUGCAAAAACUAACUCAGCUUGUCAACAAAGAGUCCAACUUGAUAGAGAAGAUGGACGACAACCUUCGGAGCAGCCCUCAGCACAAACCUCACAAAGCAGAUCCUAAACCCAGUCUGGUUGGUGAGAUGAACUCUAUGCCUGCCUAACUCCUGACCUUUGAACUCUCAUCCCCAGGUCCAGCCUUACCAAGCAAUACAGAACUCCUGUAGAGAACGUAUAGAAAGAAAAAAAAAACAUCCAUUCCAACUACUGUACAUCCUGAAUGGAAUUUAACUUAAUAAUUAAUUGACAUUUGACUAUAUCAUUAUAAAAGGGGAUAUUCAAUUUAAAAGGUAAUGAUGAUGGAUUUCAAAGAUGCUUGUCUGAAAGAGACGGAAAAGUGCAAGUGUGAGGUUUUUACAAAGGAUGAACAUGGCUAAGGAAGGAAUGCUGGGAAAUGGUCGAUGAGAAAGACAUGGAAAGUUCAAAGGAAA